AUGAAUGGCCAUGGGUCUGGUGUGGAUGCUGAGGCAGACAAGCUGAAAGCCGAUGGGAACGGGAAGCUGAAGGCAGGGAAGACGGCCGAGGCCUUGACGGCAUAUCGGUCGGCGUUGACUCGUCUCGAGAGCAAGGGCAAGAUUCCGUUGGGCAGUGCGGCGGCAAGCCUUGGCGCUUCCUUGAAUCUCAAUGCAUCCCUGGCUUGUCUCCGAUUGGAGGACUGGGAGGCAGCGGAGGACUUCGCCACCCGGGCACUGCGACUGGGCCGCAGCAGCAAGGGCUUCUAUCGGCGGGGCCUGGCCAGAACGCAACUUGGAGUUGCGGCAGAUGCAAAACGCGACUUCGAGAGUGCCUUGGAGCUUGAGCCCAAGGGCGAUGGAGCUCUGAUGGUCCGAGCCGAGCUGGAGAAGUUGGCCGCUAAGGGAUCUGGCGGGACUGGAUUUGAAGCUCCAGCAGAGGCUGAUCCCCAGGAAGCCAAGCGAUUUGAGAUGGCGAACUCCAGCCGCAAACAGCAAGGGCAGCGCCAGGUGACGUGGAGGGAGUGGCGCGCCAUGCAAGAGCGAAUCGCUGCAGCUGCCACGGGUGCUCAAGCCUGGCGGAAGCGGCUGACAGAGGUGACCAAAUGCAGUCCUCAGGAAGCAGGAGAUUCAGCUGGUCGAGCCUCUUUGUCGAAACUAGUCGAUGGCUUGGCAAGCAAACCUUGCCCGAAGAGGGCUCCUGCUGGCGAGAUUGUCCUGGCAGAGGAGCAGGCCCUGGCAGCGACCGAGAUCAGCUCUGCAGGAGAGCUUCGGUACCAGUCCUUUGACGGGCAACUUCCUGAAACAGCAGGAAUCCGCGGCAACGAGGGCUCCGGCGUGCAGUACUUGCUGCCUGGGCCGUUCCAAGACUUAGCGCCGGUCCAGCUGGUCGCUUUGUUAGACGCAGGCCGGAUGCAAAAGCCUCCAGCUAAUGCCGCCGACCACGAAGCACCCACAAGGGCCAGCGAAUGCACCCUGAUGCCAAUCGGCGGUGGUGAGGCAGCGCUGGGCCGUCAGAUGGAAGGUGCAUUUUGGGAUCCUUCGAGCAAGCUCCUCAAGCAUAUACCGCGACCUGAUGCGGAUGAACUACGUCCAAUUCUUGGCCAACCUGCAAGCCUUGAGGCAGCGAACACCGUUGUGGAUGUCAUUAAAAAGCUCCUGGAGAAAGAACAUGGUCAAGACCGGUUUGCUCGCCUCAAUGCGUGGAAGCGGAGAAUGCGCAACAACGACAAGGAGUGCUAUGGUUGGCUACGUAGCAAAGCUCGUCAAGAACCUGUUCGUGUCACAGUUACUGCGGCAGGUGCGACUGCGGACACGCAGGCGCGCCUAAAUGCCAUCAAAACUGUUUGGGAAGGUAUCUAUAUGCGUCUUCAACAUGGUGAACCCAGGUUGGUCAAUUUCAUGCAGAAGUAUGGGGCGACCCUCAAGCGAAAAGUUGUCGACCUUCCGCCUCUACAUGAAGCUGACAUGAUGACGACUAUUUUGGAGGCCAAGCCCACUUCGGCGGGAAUGGAUGGCAUCAUGCCAGUUGAGCUACGUAACUUGGCACAAUGGUGUCCUUCGCAUAUAGGCGCUCUCACGGCGCUCCUGCAGAAGGUUGAGGGCUGUGGCAAGUGGCUGGGUUUGGCUACAUGCGGCGCAGUGGCUUUCGUGGCAAAAGAUCCUGCGCAGGUUAUACAAGCAGCCAACGAGGGACAGGCUCAGGUGGCAGCAGGGUUGAGCUACGACCUGCGCAACUGCUUCGACACGGUCCCCAUCAAUCCGUCCUUGAAUAUCUUCCGGCAGAGAGGAGCAGACAGUGGGGUUCUAAGAGCACUGACGGGUUUCUACGAUGCUCACCACAAGUAUUUCAAGAUUGACGGUUUUUACGCCAAAAAGUUCAAAGCGGCGAACGGCAUUCUUCAAGGGUGUCCAUUAAGCAUGUUACUGUUGGUUUCCAUGGUGACGACCUGGUUGGAGGCAGUCCGCAACAGUGUGCCCACCGCUACUCCUAAAUCAUUUGCAGAUGACCUGUCAGUGGUUGUUCAGCACGAAAGCUUGGAACCAGUCAAACACAAUCUUCGCCUGCUACACGACACCACGUGCACCUUCACUCAGGCCACAGGAGCGCAGAUCAACAACGACAAGAGCUUUGUUUUUGGUCCCAAAAGUGUGCAGGGGGCUGUCCCCGAUCUGCCCAACUACAAGCACACAUUUCGCCUGGUGGGAGGAAGGGUGAAGCUAUCUGCAGGGCAAAGCUGGACUCCGCUUGAACGAGAACUUGGCGACCGGUGGGUCCAAACAGUCAGACAGGUACGUCGACUUCCUGUAGGUUGGUUCGCCAAGGUCAAGAUUCUUCGCGGUACUGUUCCUAAGCUGACCUUUGGACAAGGCACGCAUACAUUCCCUGUAGCCAGGGACUAUAUGCCUCACCUUCGUGCAGAGAUGAUUAGAUCGCUGUUCAACAUUAAUGACUACUCGUUGUUUGCUCAGAUGGUUUUUACACUACUGGCUCCUCCAGCUUUGGAACCUGCAUUUGCAAAGCAACUGGCAGCCUUCCGUCUGGUACAGCGCGAGUACAAUACACCCCAGUCACGCCGAACUUUGGUUCAGCAGCUCGCUCGUGCUCGCCAAGAACCUCCUUCUGAUGGAUCCCAGAGCCAAGUUGAAGGUGCUUCGCUUGUUGCGGCAUUAUUCGCUGUGCCUGUGGCGGGCCGGCGCCGACAAUUGAACACAUCAGUUGGUACUGCAAAUGCUAUCACAGAGAACGUCGUGAAGCUCUACAAGUGGUACCCAAUUUUCGAGGGCUCCCUGUUUGUUUUCGCCUGUGCGCGCUGGCAGUACUGUGUCCAGCACGCUCACGAAGCAGCCAACAGAUCGGAGGGGGCACGCACUCAGAAGCUGAUUCCCUCAGGGGGCGUCUACUGCCAGAAGUGUGGGAAACAAACCAAGAACAUCAAGCAUCAGAGGUUGAAGAUCUUGAACAAAAAAUGCGCUUUUCCAGACCUUCCUGUUGAGGAAUGGUUGAAGGAACCUGGUGCCUUGCGAUCUGUUUCCCGGCUACAGCAAGCAGAGCGAGAUUUGCAAGAGCGUUUGAGCAAUGGCCACAGGCUAGUCUGGAAUAGGAUGGUAGGGAAGCAAGAGGGCCGUGAGGACUACGGCACGUCUAUGCCAGUGAGUUCCUCGUGGGAUAUGAUGCUGCCUCGGAAUGACUAUGGCUGCUCCGCUGCAGUUGGGACGGAGUGCGGAGCGGAGCGCGGAGCUGCAAAGCUCCAGAUUGAGGAGAGCUGGGAGGGAGUUUUCAGGAGGUCCCUUGCUGAGUUGACAGCAAAGGCAAAUCCCAGUAAUCCGCUGGGCUUGAAUCGCAACUUCAUGGACACCACACCAAAGUACGACUUUGUCGACGAGAUCAAGGAGCUUCCGCAUCAGAAUCCGAGUCGGGCUGCAACCUUCAAGCUCAACACAGCGCUUACACGGCAAGUCAGUGCUGAGACAUACGAGGGCGACAACCAGAAGGAACUCAAAUUUUCCAUCCUUCGAGCUCAGAAAACGCAGAAUUUCGUUGCCACAAAGCCCUGGUACAUCAUCAACCCGGACAGAAAUUUGUCAGCGUCUGCUUGGCAGGCAGCGUCUGAAUGGGAUGCACAUGUGGUAAGCCAUGGACAGGAAGCGGUAUUCUGCAUUCUUCCUGUCUCCCUUGUUCAGUUGGCUGUCGGACUGGCCCUUGUCUUUGUGACGCCCUUCCAGGUGGGCCUGCUGGAGCUUCAAUUUGAUGUGCUUCCUGGCUUUGACUGGACAUUUGCGCGGAAGUCCUGGUUCCUACUUGAUCUUCUAACACUCAUUCCGUUCGACCUCUUGACCCUCGCCAUCCAGUCCAAGCAGCUGGAUGAGUUUCAGAGUCUCAAAGUGUUGCGAACGCUGCGCCUGGUGAAGAUCAUGCGGCUAGCCAAGUCUUCUCAGUUCAUGCACAAGAUCGAGGUCCCCCUGUCCAUUCCAUACCAGCAGAUGGCUCUCAUGCGUUUCUUAAUAAUCUUGGCCUUUGUGUGCCACUGGCUGGCAUGCCUUUGGGCAAUGACGUUGGGACUGCAAGACGGGAAUCAACCCACAUGGAUAGAUGGCAUUGCAGCAGAAGAUCUUGCUCUUGGAAUCCGGACACGCGACUCCCCGCUGCGGGUCUACAUGACGUCUUUCUACUUCUGUAGCUACACCCUGACGUCCGUAGGCUAUGGCGACAUCGGACCCGCGAACCUGAUGGAACGGGUCGUGUGUACGGCGAUCAUUCUGUCUGCAGGUUUGGUCUGGGCCUAUGUUAUCGGUGAGGUGGCAGCAAUUGUCCAUGACCUCACCGCUGAGAGCCACGUAUUUCGAAAGCGAAUGCACCACCUCAACCUCAUGAUGCAAGAUCAGGGGCUUCCGCAUGACCUGUGUUGCCGACUGCGAAGUUUCUUCCUUCAAAACAGGCAUCAGGCCCUGGUGAUGGCUCGACAGGCCCUUCUGGACCGAAUGAGUCCACAGCUGCAGUCUGAGGUUUGCAUCGCCACGAAUUUCGCAUGGCUUCAGAAGGUUCACUUUUUCAAGAAGUUCAUGAAGUUCAUCAACAAGCAGGAACGCCUGGGAAGACAUACAGAGCCAUACCAAGCCUGUGUGGCGCACAUUUCGAAGAUGCUUACCUUCGGAGCCUUCGCGCAGCGAGAGGCUUUCACCAACGUCCAGGUGCUGUACAUCCUAUCCAAGGGCUUAGUGGCCCUGAACAGCAGGGUGAGAUCUCAUGGUGAGGUUUGGGGCGAGGAUUUUGUGCUUUGGGAUACUUCGUUAAUCCAUCCUGUGACCGGCUACACCUUGACCUACAUCGAGGUUUUGUCUCUGUCUCGGGCAGAUCUUAUGCAUGUGAUUCAUGAAUGUCGCUUCACAAGCCCGGAGCUGGGGCAGAUAGUUCGACGCUACUGCGUGCGAGUCGCAGUUUACCGGGGUGUUCUCUUUGAGGCACGCCGUCGCAAGCGCCAGAUGUUGAAGGAGCAGGCGAUACGGGGCGAACCAGCGGCGAUGCCGCCAAGGCCGCAGAAGGAUCAGCCAAGGCCCCCAGACGUCAUGCAAGCUUCGAUUGAACCAGCUGUACCGCCCGGAGCGUUGGAUAACUAA